ACGUGCGGAACUGGACCAUUUUCGGUCGAAAAGCAAAACAUUCGGGGGUGGUGAAUUGAGUGACUCAGUCUGCUGUAACGUUACGCCGACCUGCUGGAGUGGUUUCAUAAACUACGCCGUAUAAGUCGACUGUUAUACCCGGGGUUUGGCACGAUGCUGAGCGCCGCCGCCGCGGAAAGGAACAAGGAGCCCAUCCUGGCGGUGCUCCGGGAUAGUGUGCACACCGGGAGACCCCUGCUGGCUCUGGAGAUCUCCUCCGGUACUGGGCAGCAUGUCACACACUUUGCUCAGGCCCUGCCGAAUAUAACCUGGCAGCCAUCUGAGUAUGAUCGCCAGUCUAUAGUCAGUAUAGAAGCAUAUAGAGCCCGCUACCGGCUGAACAAUGUGAACCCUGCAAUCCACCUGGAUGCUUCUCUGCCCUAUCAAUACUGGGGAGGAAUCCAGCCAGAGAGCCUCGACCUGGUGCUCAACAUCAACAUGAUCCAUAUUUCUCCUUUGGCUUGUACAGAGGGUUUAUUCAAAGGGGCUGGAGUAGUAUUGAAACCUCAGGGCCUUCUACUGACUUAUGGGCCGUAUGCAGUGAAUGGUCAGAUCGUCCCUCAAAGCAAUGUGGACUUUGACUACAGCCUACGGCAGAGAAACCCAGAAUGGGGACUCAGGGAUAUCUCGCUCCUCAAUUCUCUGGCACAAAGCAAUGGUUUGUACCUGGAGAGAAUAGUGGACAUGCCAGCAAACAACAAAUGUCUUCUUUUCAGGAAGGAAAGUUUGGUGUGAAGUAUCCUGAUGCAGGAUGGUCAAAAUGCCUUAACUUGGAGCUCAGAUACAUUGCCAAAUUUUCAAGAGCUGUAAACGGAUCAUGUUUUCUCCACAUUUUAACACAUGCUGGUAUUAGAUUAACUAAGUUCAUGUAAACUGUUGUGCUCUAACCUAUAACCUAUAUUCUUAUGUAUUGCACAUGAGUUAAAUUAAUAAAUCUCACUAACACGUUGCCUUUGUGCUAUAUAUUCUUUAAGACAAUGGCAUAUUCUUUUUUUCUGUUUUGUAAGCGUGAAACUGACUUAGCAGAAGUGCUUUGAAGAGGGAAAUAAUUAAGAGAAUAUACUGUACUUUAUAUGAAAUAAAAGACAUUUUUAUGAAACAAAGAUGGAGAAACUAAAGUGAAGAGCAGAAAAAAAAUAACAUUAGCAAAAGUAAUUAUAAUACAGAUGUCUAUUUGUUUAGUAUUACAAGCUAGGGAUUAUUGCAACAUGAUCAACGUGUGUCUGUUAUCCUGGUUGCUGUUUUCACAAUGCAAAGUUCACAAAUCAGAGAAAAAAUCUUAAACCUAUUUGAAAACAGCAAUUCAGCAUUAGUAUUAAUACAAUGGGAAUCAAUACAUCUGGAAUGUUAUUAUAUCUGUGUUGGAAUAAAAAAAACUCUCAUACCUACAUCAGCAUGCAGUAUUUAACUUGUUCUACUCUGUUUUGAUAAAUAGUUAUUAAA